AUGUUUCAAGGUAUUCUCACCAUUCCAAUUUUCCCUUCCGAUCUCAGUAUCAAAGCUGCCGGCGAGGUCACAACAGUCAACGGUAUUUUGGGCUGCCACGCUGAUAUGGCAUUAAAUAUUGUGACAUCACUGGCAUCCUGGUUCAAUACCACUCUAAACAGCGAUGAACAAAAUAGCAUUAAUGCUGAAAAGCGAAAACAAAAGCAAGUUUCUGCUUUUCAUUUAACACUUGAACAACGCAUGGCUGUAAUUGCUUCAAUUCUGCAAGAUAUUAAACCUAAUCAGCUCUCUCUGAACACUAAACUGUGUCGAGUUGAAUCGACAGCAGACAAUACUUACGUUUUACAUUGUAAGAAAAAUGGUCAUGACAUUGAAUUUCGCAGUAAAAAUCUCAUUCUCAGUGGUGGUCGAUUCUUUCCAAUAGUUUCUCAAUCGUUUCCUAUGGUGAAACAUAUGUUCAAACAGGUGGAAGUUGGUGCACGCAUUUGUGGUCCCGCAAAUAACAGUUUAUUUUCUCCUUCAACACAGGCCAAUUCUAAGGUUAUGCCAACAACCGAUGCAAAUCUGGAGUAUCGAACAUUUUUUUGGUGUCGUAAUGGAGAAUGUACAUUGGCCGAACAAGACGGAAUAGUUGCUUAUUAUGGUUCUUCUGAAUGUAUGCCAACAUCGGAAAGCAAUUUCGGCUUCAAUGUUUGUUUCAAGAGUAGCGAUACUCAGAUGUUAUUAGAACAAGUUAAGCAUACAAAUCCAUUUGAUGUGUCACUCGCUGAAAUGGACAAAUUGCGCGACAUAUAUGGUGAAAUCGGCACACAUCUUGUUACAGGCAUUGAAUCGUUUCUCGCAAGCUUAGAUAAAGAUACAAAUUUGGAUCGACAAAUGUUUAGACUCAAAGGGCCAACAGUAGAAGCCGUAGGAAGCUAUCCAUUACUGGAUCAGCAUUUGAAAGUACCUGGAGAAAAUAUUUGGUAUGCAGGAGAUGCGACAGGCGUAUUUCGUGGAAUCAUACCUUCGAUGUUAAGUGGUCUGUUUGUCGUCAAUAAAGCGAAAAAAUUUGUCUAA